CGCGCGCGCGCGCAUGGAAGCGAGCUUAUUUAGAGGAGCCGAAUGCCCUUCGUCUUGUGGGGUGGGCUUUUAGCUGUGCGUUAGCUGUCCUUGGUGUUCUCCUCUCCCCUCUCUGCUCCACAUACCUAGAAAGCAAACACCUUUGCCCCAUUCUCCUCACUCUCCUCUUCGUAGUGCUUCGCCCUCCAACAAGCGUAAUUGUUGUUCCGAGAAUGAGAUGAAGAGGAGAAGCAGCAUAACGGAAAAGCUUCAUCUCCUCUUCCUCUUCUUGAUCUCAUUUGCGGCGGCGAGAGCGGCCGCCUUCAGCAGCCAUGGCCUCACCGACGCUGAGGCCGGGUUCAUCCGUAGGCGGCAGCUGCUGUACUACCUCGACGAGUACGGCGACCGCGGCGAGCGGGUGAGCGUCGACCCGUCCUUCCGCUUCCCUAACCCCCGUCUCCGCGACGCCUAUGUCGCCCUGCAGGCCUGGAAGAAGGCCAUCCUCUCCGACCCCCACAACUUCACCGGCAGCUGGGUCGGGCCCAAUGUCUGCUCCUACUAUGGCGUCUUCUGCGCCCCGCUCCCCUGCAACCGCUCCCUCACCGUCGUCGCAGGUAUCGACCUCAACCACGCCGACAUCGCCGGGUACCUCCCUGAGGAGCUCGGCCUGUUGGCCGACCUCGCCCUCUUCCACAUCAACUCCAACCGCUUCUGCGGCACCGUCCCCGAGAAACUCCGCCAGCUCACCCGCCUCUUUGAGAUCGACCUCAGCAACAACCGCUUUGCCGGCAAGUUCCCCAGGGUCCUCCUCGAGCUCCCCUCGCUCAAGUUCCUCGACAUCCGGUUCAACGAGUUCGAGGGCGGCGUCCCUCGCGAGCUCUUCGACAAGCCCCUCGAUGCCAUCUUCAUCAACCACAAUCGGCUCGCCUUCGACAUACCCGAUAAUAUCGGCAACUCCCCCGUCUCCGUCAUCGUCCUCGCCAACAACCGCUUCCGCGGCUGCCUCCCAGCCAGCCUUGGCAAUAUGUCGAACACCUUGAACGAGAUCAUUCUCAUGGACAACGGGCUGCGGUCCUGCCUCCCGCCCGAGAUCGGCCUGCUGAGGAAGCUCACCGUGUUCGACAUCAGCUUCAACCAGCUGCUGGGGCCGCUGCCGGAGGAGAUCGGCCGCAUGGUCAGCCUCGAGCAGUUGGAUGUCGCGCACAACCUGCUGUCAGGGCGCAUCCCGGAGUCCAUCUGCCAGCUCCCGCAUCUGCAAAACUUCACCUUCUCCUACAAUUUCUUUACCGGCGAGCCGCCGUCGUGCUUGAAGGUGCAGUCAUUCGACGACCGGAGGAAUUGCCUUCCCGAGCGGCCGUUGCAGCGGUCGGGGAAGCAGUGCGAGUCGUUCUUGUCGCACCCGGUGGACUGCAGUUGGUUUCGGUGUAAGCCGUUCGUGCCGGCAUUUCCGCCGCCGCCGCCACCACCAUCACCACCCCCGCCGUCCCCGUCUCCGCCACCACCAUCUCCUCCCCCUCCCCCUCCCCCAUCUCCAUCGCCACCACCUCCGUCUCCGCCACCCCCAUCCCCACCUCCUCCUUCGCCGCCGCCACCUCCACCUCCACCUCCACCAGUUUAUUCAUCGCCUCCACCGCCUAAUUCACCACCACCUCCCAUUCAUUAUUCUUCUCCUCCGCCACCACCAUCUCCUCCACCUCCCCCAUCUCCAUCGCCACCACCUCCGUCUCCGCCGCCCCCAUCCCCACCUUCUCCUUCACCGCCGCCGCCACCUCCACCAGUUUAUUCAUCGCCUCCACCGCCUAAUUCACCACCACCUCCCAUACAUUAUUAUUCUCCUCCGCCACCACCAUCUCCUCCACCUCCCCCAUCUCCAUCGCCACCACCUCCGUCUCCGCCGCCCCCAUCCCCACCUCCUCCUUCACCGCCGCCGCCACCUCCACCAGUUUAUUCAUCGCCUCCACCGCCUAAUUCACCACCACCUCCCAUGCAUUAUUAUUCUCCUCCGCCACCAUACCCAUCUCCACCCCCACCCAACUCUCCGCCUCCACCGCCGGUUUAUCACUACUUGUCACCACCGCCACCUCCGCCUCCAUGUAUAGAACCACCGGAAUCUUCACCACCUCCGCUAACACCCUAUUACGGAGGUCCAUUGCCACCUGUCGUCGGAGUCUCAUACGCAUCUCCGCCUCCCCCUCCUCUCCACUGAUUCUUUUGAAAAUUGUCCUCGUCCUUCUCCUAUCCUCAUUUAGGCAUCAGAAAAAUGUCUUCAUUCAUUUGGAUUCUUAUCAUGCCAUCUUCUCCAUUAAUUGGCGCUACGUUAUUUCUCUGGCUGCUUUCGUAGUUCACCAGGAACAGCUCAAAGUUCGAGAACACUGCUUGGUGCAUUCAACUUCCGUCAUGGUGAUGGAUGCAGAGUUGGAGAAGCACUGAAGGGUAGGAUUAAGAGGAACCUCUCCACGUAAUUUGAAUUAUGCAAUGGUUUAUGGGUUUGUGAAUGAACUGUCGACAGAGCAAGAGAAUGAACAGUAGGUUGCAGGGACAAAAAAAUGUGUGUAUAGAGAACAUGAGACCCAAGACAUGCGUGCAGAUCAAUUGUGUGGUAAGCGGUCAGCAUUCCAUCGACUGUGGAAAGUGACUAGCAGUGAGUGGGUGAGGCGUCCAUGUCCCAUAUUAAUUGCCGUAAUCGUCGGUGAAGCCUGCAAGAGAGUGGCUGUGAUCGAUCAGACCGCACUUGGAUCUUUACCCAUUACGGCGGCUGCUUGGUCCCAUCUCCACUCAUCGAUUGACCGCUGUUGGUGGUGAGAUGGGUCCGGGUUUUGAUGAGCCUCCUCGUUUGGCGUUGUGGCGAUCGAGCAGGCGGCAGGCAUUAUGCAGAACGUUGUUGGUUUGGGUACAGCUCCAGUUGGUUGGUUCACGGGGACGGUGGUGGCCAGCAGAGGGAAGGAGCCAAAGAGAGUCCUCGAGGUGGAAGACAAAUUAAUGUUCUUGAAUGCGCCAUUUAUUUCUGGUUCGUUUCUCUUUGCCGUGCUUCAAGCGGUGCUCUUAAGUCGCUCGACGAUAUGACUAUCUCUAAGUUAACGUCGAUGCUACUUUUCCACGACUUAAUUCAUGAAGGUUUUAUAUAAUGAAAUAAAUUAUAUUGGUAAAUGAGACAACCAUAAAAAGUUGUUCC